GUUGUACUGUCUUGUUCGCUUAUCUCACGAGCCCACUUUCAUACCGUCGACUUCGAUGUGUCAAGGAACUUGAAAUUCUGUCAAGCGAUCGUGCCGAAGGAUCCGAUGAUACUGCUACAGCAAGAGCGCCAACAGAUUUCGUUCAACGCCAAGUUAGAAAGUGAUUAGGGGUGCGCAUUAAGCCAUUCCUUGCAAGCGUUAACUCUAGUUCGAGUCAUAAGUAAGCUGUCGAGUUGACAAGCCUCUGCUUAAAAAUCUCGUAAGCCUCUCGGGGUAAAAUGCUUCCUGGCGAACACGACCUUCGCCUUCUCUCCUCCCCCGCGUUCCCUCCUCCCUCCCCUCCCUUGGCCUGUCCCUAAAGAGCAUGGCCGCCGCUUCACUACACCCCACUGACGGCGAGGACCACGAUGAGACGCGGCCGCUGCUUGGGGCCCGACGCGACCUUAACGAACGUAACGACCAAACGACACCCUUGAAACGCACGCCCCUUCCACUCGCCCAACUGUACCUCGUUCUCUUCCUCCAACUGGCCGAGCCCCUCACAAGCCAGGUCAUCUAUCCGUUUCUGCCCCAGCUUAUUCGGGACAUCGGAGUGACGAACGGCGAUGAGACGAAGGUCGGGUACUAUGUCGGCAUGGUGCAAUCUCUCUUCUUCCUCACUCAAGCCGUCACCGUUCUGCACUGGUCGCGCCUCUCUGAUCGCAUCGGCCGCAAACCUGUUAUCCUCAUCGGCCUCUCUGGGUUGAGCAUGUCGAUGUACUGCUUCGGCUUGUCGAGCACAUUCUGGGGUCUCGUUCUCAGGCAACCGAAGCUUGAACGGCGCGUUGAGUGGGUGGCCUCUAGCUACGGUAACAUUGGAGUGAUCAAAAGUAUGGUCGCGGAAAUGACGGACAAUACAAAUAUAGCUCAGGCAUAUGCGUACAUGCCUAUUGCGUGGUCCACUGGCGGAGUGCUGGGACCGAUCAUCGGAGGAUCGCUGGCCCAUCCCGUCGAGCGCUUUCCAUCUUGGUUUGGGUGCAGCGAGUUCCUCAAGCGCCACCCGUACUUCUUGCCAUGUGCUGUCCCGGCCACAUACUCGAUCAUCGCAUGGACCGUCACCUCGCUGUUCCUCAAGGAGACCGCGAAUGGACCACACGUGCUGCGGCUCUCGCAGCUGUUCACUCGGUCCAAACCCACCGUUGGCCAGGGCAAAACGCAAACCGUGCUCGAGUCUGGCUCGUCCGAGGAAGUUCCGGAGCGCGAGCAGGCUGUUCCGCUGCGAGGCCUAAUGACGAAACGCGUGCUCAUUGCCGCGUCGAAUUACGCCUUCUUGUCGCUUGUAGACAUCGCGCUUCGGGCCAUCCAGCCUCUGUUCUUCGCCACUCCGAUCGAAUUGGGCGGCCUCGGAUUGCCGACAUCGCGCAUCGGGAAUCUGUUAUUGGUGUUCGGUGUUCUGAAUGGGGUGUUCCAGAUCUUCUUCUUCGCACCAGUGCAUGACCUACUCGGGAGCAAACUGAUGUUUAUCGUCGGCGUGUCCAGUGCACUGCCCACGUUCGCGACGUUCCCACUCCUCAGCCACCUCGCGAAGAGCCAUGGAAUCAGCAGCACAGUGUGGGCUGUGGCGCUGCUGCAAAUUACGAUGUCGAUCGGACUGAGCCUGUCGUACGGCGCCGUCUUCAUCUACAUCUCUGCUGCAGCCCCGAAUCGCGCUUCGCUGGGCGCGACGAAUGGACUGUGUCAGCUGACCGUGAGUCUGAUGCGGACUGUGGGUCCCGCGGCGGCGAACUCGCUCUUCUCGCUGUCGAUGCAGGCCGAUUUCGUCGGACCGUGGAUGGUGUACUACGUGCUGAUGGCUACGACGCUGGUUGCGAUCUGGGUUGGGAUGCAGCUCCCAGCCAAGCCGUGGACUGGGGCAUGAAAAACUAUGCAAGCAAGGAACGAGGUUGAUGACAUUUAGAUAAGUACUGGGUACAUAUAUCUAAUGAGAUUGGCAGCGUAUUCAAUGUGGGUUUUAUGAAUGGUUUUCUGAAAU